UCUCUCGGGAAAACGCAAUUGCCGGCUUCCAAGCACAGACGGAACGACCGGGGGAGGGGAGGGAAUGCCACCGUGGCGCCUCGCAUCUCCGUAAGGACGGCCUCUUGCCUCUUUUCCGCCGUCCGAUCGAGAUCGCUCUGGCGCGCGCCGAAUUCCAGUCUUCACAACUCACGACUCCUUAAACGGCUUCCUUCCGAACGGCCGUGUUCUCCCUGCGGCAGAAUUCCGUCCCUGAUUUCGUCCUGCCCGCCGGAGAAAGGGAGGAAGACAGUUCCGUUCCGUUCUUUCCUUCCUUCCCAUUCUCUCUCUAUGAUGGUGUCGAAUAGUGUUUUCGAGGGACGGUGGUUCGAUUUGUUGGAGGUUGAUGGAUUCUGCGAAGGUUGCAGUGACCUAGAAGGAAGGGAGUGCCGGAAUUGGAUGAUCAUUCGGUUUCCUGGAGACGUUUCCGGCCGGAGAUAGUGAGAGUUGGGUUUUGGGACGUGUUUGAUUGACCAUCUUGGCGUUGGUGGGAUGGAUGCCGUCGAGCUGCCGUUGCCGGCGGACGUGGUAGUGUCGAAGAUUCUCGGGAAGGAUGGGUUCACUCGGAGAGUGGUUGACAUCGAGGAGCCGGCAAUGAGGUUUCAGGUUGCUGGGGAUUCGUCGGGCUUCGGUGGCCUUUCUGUUGCUGGGACUUCUAGCUCUUCUGGUGCAAAGACAAAGUGUGCUUCACGUUGUUCCACUUCAAAACUGGUUUCCAGAAUUGGCAAGAACAAUGACGUUAAUGUGCGUGCAAUUGCAUCCCCCUCCACUUGUCAAGAUCACAGUGAGCAACAUCCGUGUGAAGAAACAAAUAAUGUUCUUCCAAGUGCAUCUGAUGUUUCAAUGAAAAAGAUUCACAGGAAGGCAGAGAAACUACCAACAAGUAGUAACCCUGCUGUUAAGAAACCCAGGACUGGUGGCAUUGAAGAUUCUCCGUGUCCUGCUGGAGCAGAUGCAAAAACUGGACCAGUAAAGUUGAAGCAUGGGAUACAUGGUCAAAGAGGUGAGAAGAGAAAUUCCAGAAUGCUUGUGAGGGCAAGAAAUGAUGCUUGGAGCGGGAAGGUGCGCAUGGCUGGCUCCAGUGCUAUGAUGGGUGGGAGUAACAUUCUUGGGAUCUAUGGCCUCAAGUCAGGGUCCCAUGACAUCACAAGGUAUAUGGAUGAUCUUUCCAUAAGUGACCUGUUUGAUGAAAACCACAGAAAUCAUACCAGUCAAUGUAAAGGAAAAAGAGGCAUAGAUGGAAAGCACAACAUUAUGCCUGCUGUUAGAAGAGCAUGUUCUCUCCUUCCAACCUCUUCCGGUGCAUAUUCUACUUUGGCUGAUGCUGCAACCAAGAUCACUGAGAAACAAGAACCAUCGUGCCAGUUGAGUAAGGGCAUAUCUUUAUCACAGGGAACUCCCACAAACAAUGAACCAGAAUGCAACGAAGAGAUGCCAUCAACAAAGAAGGAUUCGUAUGACCAUUCUGGAGUGCUGGAAACUUUAGCUACUGAUGUUCCACUUUGCCGACCCAAGGACAUUCUGGAGCAGCUAGCACUUCCACGAGCCUGGAGUUUGGAUUCCCUUUUAUCACAAUCGAGCACGUCAAAAAAUUUGGCUGCACUGAGAUCCUAUGAUCAUUCUGCUUUUCCAUCAUAUAACAGUACCUGUCCACCACCUUUUCCUUGGUCAUUGUUUCCUGUAGGGUCAUCUAAACCAAGCAAUGAUUCUAGCAAAGUAUCUGCAAAUAAGAACGUGCCUCUUCAUAAAUGGGUCAAAAUGGAUUCUUGGAAUGGCCAUAUUAGAAAUGUGCAUGGCCAUCCAUUGAACCAGGAUUCUAUGAUUGAUACUAACAAUGCUAUUUUAAAGAAGCUGGAGAUUGACAGGAACGAGGGAAAUGUUUUAUCUUCAGUGCCACAUUGUUUAUCUAGCUCUGUCCUGACAAAACCACCUUUCAAAAUUUGCUGUCCUUCAGAAGUUGAUCUACGGAGAAGUGGCCUUGAUUCUCAACUUGAACCAUUUGUUGAGUUACACUCUGGAAAAUUUGUCAAUCACAUAGAAGAUGUUGAAGGUGGUCGCAAACAUGAAUCAAGUGAACGGUUGUGUUCAGUUGAAGAGCAAAGGAGCUUCUCUGUUCUCAGGAAUUUGGUUACGGAAAAUGAAAGUCCCAGUGCACGAACAUGUGAAUACAAUGAUAAUAAUAGCUGCUUGCAUUCUGAUCCUUCAGUAAGCAGAUGUGAUCUGCAACUGAAGUAUUUAACUGCUUCAGAUAACUCUACGGUUGGCAAAAUGCUAGUUGAACAUUCUCCAAGGAUGCUGGCUGCAGCUCAAAUUUUAUAUGAGAUUUCAAGUUGUCAGGAUGCCAUGAGGAAACAAAGUGGAAGAUAUGGUAAAAUCAGAUGGCCGUGCAAACCAUCUCAAAAGGUCAUGAAAGCACCAAGAACUAAAGCAUCACAGGUGGGGAAGGAAACUUCUAUUACAACAGUUAGGUCAGUGAAGAAGAUUGAUCCAGUAAACGUUCUAGACAACGUAUCAUUGCUGAAACCCGACGUCUUCACAGCUGAAAGGAAAAGCAACAGUGCUCAUGCGGCAAGUGUUCAGAGAGAAACGGUAAAAUGGUCAAUCCCCUCCUCUAGCAGAAAACCUAGCCAGGUGACGCAGAUAUCAAUAAAGAAGUCCAGGCAGAGAAAACUUGGAAUUCCAUGGCCUGCUACAGGUGCGGCAGCCUAUCGGAGCCAGUAAGUCAAGUGACCAGUGAACAACUGAUGGGAAGGCGAACUGAAUCACCAUCUGCUGAUAGCUUGAGCAAGGAUGAGGCAUGGUAAUAUCUGCCAUGUUAUAUCUGCAUAUUUUGCAUAUCCGUGCUCAUGAGCCAGAUCCUCUCAGUUUGUGAUGGAGGUGAUUCGUAGGAAUAUAUUUGUUGGCUCAUUAAUAGAGAUAUCUCAACUUGUUGGUUUGUUCAUGAAGGAAAAGGCAUAGGCUGUUGUACAAUUGAUUGUCAGGUCCACAUUGAAGGCCGAUGCAUUCGACCGGUGGAUUGGAUUGGGCACUUGAUGGUUUUGUUGUACAAAAAUGUACGGGAGCUAUUGUAAUCUAUACUUCGUUCAAUUGAGUUGGGAAGGGCUGUUUUGGGCUGAAUAGAAAGGUUCUAUGAUUUA